AUGGCUGACACUGACCCGCCAAAGAAACCAAAACGUACAGUUAAGAAACUCCCACCACUUACUGGUAAUACAGAGGAAGAAUCUACCGUCAAAAAAGUUGUUAAAAAGAAAAAAAAGAAGCCACCCGAGGAAACACCCAACGGGACUACUCCAAAAAGCCCAGAAGGUACACCUAAAAAGAAGAAGAAGCCAGUUGCCAAACCCGACACUGGGAAAGAGGAAAGUGCCGACGCCCCACCUGCUAAACCUACACCACGUAAAAAGAAAAAGAAACCGGUGGCUAAAGCAGAGGGUGAAGAGGGAGAUCCUACAUCUGCACGAAGUCAGGGAGAGGAUGUGGCUGGAAGUAAAACCAGUCUAAUAUCGAAGGAACAGACAGGCACACCUAAAAAGAAAGUGAAGAAAAAGGUUAAGAAGACCACGCCGAGGAAACAAGAAGAUGAAUUCCUAGACGCAACACUAGCAGCUGACCUUACCACUAUACAGGAAGACAUUGUCUCCCCACGUGAGAAGGCUGCAGACACAACUCAGCAAGGAGACGAUGAGGAGGAGGAGGAAGAGGAGGAGAGAAAGCCUUACUCAACAGAAUCAAACAUUCUGAAGAGUCAGCCCCUUGAUAAGCUUUUCAUAGAGACAGAUUCUGGAUUUAAAGGACAGAACAAGGCCAAGCUUGUGAAGAAGUGGGCCGAGGCCGAAGCCAUUAAAGCUGAUGCAGCACCACAGGUCAAGCGUACCACCAUAGAACUGGCUCUUAGUACCCACAAUGCACUAAAGACAUUUCUUUUGUUUAUUCACGGGAUAACGGCAGGCAUUUCAGUGUGGCACAUUACAGUGACGUACAUCCUUCUCUUCUUUAGCUACAUAGACUUUUUGGAGCAUUACCGAAUCUUAGCUCUUCCAGUGCAGUGUAUGUUUUAUAUCUUACUGGUGCUGUGUACUGUAUCAGCCUGUGACAGAUUUGAUGUAGGUAAUCCUAACAGAAGAUUUGUGCUGGAGUCCCUAACACUACAGACAGGAACUAUUUCAGUGCUGAUUUACUUUGCGGCUUUGGUGAUCAGUCUGUGCACUGCCAAUCUGGAGGACAAGAUGAAUCUCUACCAAACCAACACCACAAUAUCUGGCCUGUGGGAUGAUGCAGGGGAGGCAACUUCAGACAUUGACCUGUGGAAGAGUUUGAACACAGCCAGGGGUGUGCUAGCUAUCCUAGGCUGGUUUAUCAUUGCUGUCGGGCCCAACACAGAUCGCCUCUAUAGUAAUCUACGCAAGGCAGAUGACAACAUUCUCGGUGGAAAUUCUAUGCAGUUAGCAUCAAGUCAUGCGUAGUGUCAAUUCACCUUGAUCGUUGUUACGAGAGACUUUAAUACAGGUGAAAAUUGUGGUAUUUUUGGUAGUGUAUCUCGUGAUUGGCUAGCCUAGAUUUACUGAGAUUUUAUGAUACUGACUACCAGCAGUGCCUAUCAGUUCUACAUCAUAAACAGCUGUAAACAUAUUACAAUGUGUCUAUUUAUAGCAAAACUCUUAUAAUAGCUGUGACUAUUUAUAACUUAAUCAUGUGAUGACUUAAAUCAUUGUUUAUCAUGAUGUGUAUAGUUACAGAAUUUUGAUAAAUUAAUUUUUUAUUCCAAAUUUUCUGUGUUAUGUAGUGAAUGUACUGGUGUAGUUGCCCUAACAGUAAUGUGA